AACUUGCGGUUAGCUCGGAUAGACUGCCGUACAGCGUGGUCCGUUUACUACACAACACACUUGGAGUUUUAAUUUCUUUGUAGAAAUAAAUUGAUAGUAAUCGAACAAACUUACAAUGUUACUGAAUGAAUGAAAUUGGUUCGCCCAUUCAGAAAACGACUUAGCUAGGGUUUAUAGCAAACUGCACGCUUGGGCGAUUAAUACAGUUUCGACGGGCACAAAUAAAAAUCCGUGAUUGAUAGCCUGGUACGGUACAAAACCCGCCUAUCAAAAGCGCUGAAUGUCGCGCUCAAUUCAGUAAAGGACACCGACGCAGGCCAUUCUCAUAUCGUACGCGAGUUUCUGCAGAAGCGUGCUAGUUGCGUAAGCGACAGUCCAAGUCUUCGAGGAAUAAUUCUAGUGAGGGGCUGGAUAAUAGUUAAAGGCACUGUUGUAUAAAACAGGUGUGCGACAGUGUCGGAUUUAUAACGAUAGGGGUUUAACUGUUCGAAGUUUAAGCUCGAAAAUGUGAUUGCGUUUGCUUCUCACUCUGUUUUAACAACCUUCGGAUUUUACAACUGGAUUGAAGAAAAGUUGUUGUUCAUUUAUUGCUUUCAAUAAAGUUUUAUGGAUACAGGUAUCUUAUCGUGAUUUAAAACAUACAAAAUGAUUCGUGUGCAUAAUACUUGAUUUUCGGAUAUCUCGUUCAUGUUUCUAAAACAUGUAUUUUAACUGGACGCUGCCAGUGUUGGUCGUCAUGCACCUGGGAGUUGUUGCAGCGAAGGUUGCGUCGAUCCCCGGUACUUCCGGUGAAACAGAACUCGAUUUGAACGUUAAUGAACUCCACAAUGCGUCGGCGACUUUUCCCGUCGGCAUUAACAAAUCGUUUUCUAUGGAGCCACCAGAUGACCUUCAAAUUGGUUGCCAAGAGCUGCGUGCAAAGCGUUACAUUUCCGAUGGGUUCUGCACGUCUCUUCGGCCAAUCAAGGAGGUUGUGUGUGCAGGACAGUGUAUGCCCAUCAAGGAACAAGACCUUCCGUGGUGGGCGGAGGUUAUCAAAUACUGGGCAAAGCCAAAGCAUAUGGAAUGGAGGUGCGUUGAUGCAGUUACUAAACUUAAGAAAGUGCAAUUAAUGUGUGAAAAUGGCGAGACCAGAACUUACAAAAUUAAAAUUGUGAAAUCGUGCCGGUGUAAAAGUUAUGAAAGAGAACCAAAUAGAACUGAUCUCCGCGGCCGCGGAAGUAGAAAUUUGGAUCAAAAAGACGAUAUGGAUUCUAAGAAAAAGGCGAGGCUAGAGAACAGACAUAAAAAGCAAAAAGGAAGCGAAACGCGACGAAAGCAAAGGCUAGAGAGGAAGAACAAGAAAGAGCAACUUUCAGAGGAAGGUCGUAAAAAUACACAAAAAGAUCGGAACAAAUUGCAUUCGCGAAAGCGUGAUAAAUCGAAGCAUUCCGUAACUGUAGACGCUUCUAUUGAGACAAAUAAUAAAAGGCAUACGACAUUAACAUUAAAUGAGUCCCCGGAAUUAUAGUGUAUUUAAUUUAAUAUAUGUACUUGAGUAAAUUAUAUUACAGAUUUCAACAAUUUAAGUCAAUUAACAGGGAAACAGAUUAUUGGUACUUCGAUGUGAAUUUGUGAUAUAUUAAUAUAUCUUCAAAUAUGUGGAGUGUUUAGGCUACAAAUGCUUAUCAAAGGGAUUGUUAAGGCGCAUUAUACCGCUGCAUUUGGAUCGGUAGGCACUAAGUGCAUUCUGGAGAUACUACAAUAUACCAUUCGCAUUAGAAUUGCAAAUAUAUGUAUAUUCACACUUGAAAUGAAUAUGCUUUUUUUGAAAAGGCAUGAAAUUGUGAUAAUGCGGCUUGUUUAUACCGCCGUUUGAAACAGGUGUUCAUUAACAUACCGAGGAUACACAGGAAUUUACAGCGUGUAGCAUACUUUGAAAAGGAUUACAGUGUUAACAGAAUGGACAAAUUCUUAUUUAUUCUAUUGUUAGAUGGUGUUGUAAAUAUUUUAAAGUGUCGUUUUAGAUUGUAUAAUAGAUCUAGCAUCUACGCUGUCGUAUUUUCCACAUCAGCAAAAAGGAUGCUGCUCCUAUCGAUCAUAAUGUUUAAUCUCUAGCUAAACAUGCCUUCAAUAGACUGUUUGAAUUAUAUGCCCCCCCCCCCAUUUGCGUUGCAGGAAAUUAUUUAGUUUUUGAGACGGCGUGGUUUUAUACUGAUAUCGAAUGCAUGAAAAUCAUGUCACAUCCGGGUACGCUACACUUCAACAUUAUUACAUUUAUGAUUUCAGAAUGUUCAAAACCAUUGUUAGUAACGUUGUAUAUCAGACUUGAUCAGAAACAUGAGUUUUGAAUCUUUUGAUAAAUUACUAUGCCUUUGUUAUAUAAAUAUAACGAAAUAUUCCGAAUUAAAAACAUCAACGUGUAUGCGCGAUAUUUAACUUCCUUAAACAUGAAAAUGCACCGAACCGAUACAGACUUUACUAGAAGUAUGUUACCCGUAAAACAUUAUCCUCUAUUUUAAGUUUUAAUCGAGCUAGAUAAAAGUGAUCAUAGGCGACCUGUUCUUUGAACAAAGCUUGAAAGUCGACUAUUCAGAAAAAAUUAACCUUUUUCUAAUAUUUUCUUUUUUGUGAGAUGCGUUGCACAUCAAGGUAACAUACUAAGAAUAAUACACAGAGAUACGAAUCUAUUUUAUGAUAAAAUAUAAAACUGACAUAAGUAUGGGUAUAAAACUUGGCUUAUUAAGUUGUCACUCAUGAUAGAGCUAUCAUUGAAAUGUCCACAUGUGUUGACGUGCCAUGAAAACUAUGUUUUGUUAGGCGCAUGUCGUUUUUAUUUGUGAAUACUGGUCAAAUAAAACAUAAGAUUUAUUUAAAUGCUUUGUUAAGAAAUAUGUUUUUUCAGAAGAGUCACCAUAACAUAGAAGGAUGUUUUCGUUUCACCACACACUAUGGACAGCAUAACAAACAAAGUACAAAUAUGUCUAAAUAACAUUUUUUUUCUAUGUGUAAGGAUUUAUAAAUGAUUUCACGCUCAUUUUUCAGGAAUGUCCUCCGCCAAAAGUAUUGUAUUUUUAAUCCGCUACCGAACAGUGCCUGAACCGGCCGCCAUAGCUCAAUACAGACACACGCCAUAAUGGCAUUUUCUUCUUUUAAAACAAUUUAACAAAAACGUGUUUGGAAAAAUUAUAAAAGGUUUCGCUUCAUUGCGUUGAAGUCGAGUCAAGUCAAGUCAAUAACCUUUUAUUUCAACUCAAGCUGAACGAUUGUCCCACAAGAGAUGCAAGCCAAUAUAUUUUUUUUCACACUUCAUUAAUGCUAAUGCUUGAACUGUGCUCUUAAGUAAACAUGAUUUAAAUUCAAUGGCAUGUUUCACAUUAACCAUUUAUUGACUAUUCAAUCAACUUUAAUAAACAUAUUCACCCGCCUUUAAUUAUUGUUUUCGCAAUUACUGAUAACGUACGAAGUGAGGAAAACUUUAUUGAUUCACAGCUUCAAUAAUGCAAGAAAGCAACAUUGUAUCAAAGCAAAUAUAGUAUGUCGGUUAUUUAAGAUCAUCUCUCUUGUUUACUGUUUUCAAAACAAACAUGUAUUUAGUUUUUCAAAAUAUCAUAUAUUCAUCUCUUUUACUUAUUAAAUAUCAAACUUUAAUUUUUUUCUCCUCCACGUGUUCGUGUAAAUGUAACUGUCUGUUAACUAUCGCUUGUGAUUCUGUUUCGCUUCUGUCGUUCCAUUUUAAUUGUAUUUGUUAAUAGUUUAUGCGCCAGUAAUAAGGGCACAUCUUGUUUACUGCAGGAUUAGCCAAGCUUUAUGCAUAUAGUUGUUAAUGUUAUAAUAUAUUUUAAAGACUAUUCAAACAUAUAUUUUAUGUUUACAAACACAUUCAGAAUACUUGUAUUUUCCAUAGAUAUGAUCUGUAUAAACAAGUUUAAGAAUAUCAAGGGUUUACUUCGUUGUGUUCUUAAAAUGUUAAAAAACACGCAAGAAAUCUGUUACGUUGUAAGUUAUUGUUAUGUAACUUUUAAAGGUUUUCCAGGUCAUAAAUUGGCACAUGAUUAUUCAUGUUCGAUAUACAUUUGUGUUUAUGCUUUUCUUGUGUCAUCAUUCCUUGUUUCUGUUACGUUGUUCAAUCACAGUGGAAAUUUAUGUUUGCUCAUUAUAUUUCUUAUUUCAGGGGACCUGCAUGUAUUUGUAUUGUGUAUUUAAUUUGUAAAUAAUCAUAUUGCAAAAUAUAAAAAGUUAUUUUAA